AUGAGACUGCUCGCGAGCUCGCCGGUACGGAUCGCAGCCAGUGUAAUGGGCCUCGUGAUUCUGCUGCACUUUCUAGCCACGUUCACGCAUGACGGCUACGCGCGCGCCACCUCCCUUCAGCGGUUCACCCAAUCAUCAUCAGAGACCUCAAAGUCUGUUCAAAAUCCCUCAAUCCCUCCUUCACAUGACAUCGAGCCCCUUCCUGGCUCCGAAGCCUAUCCAUCAUCUUCAUACACGCGUGUAAACGCUACGUUCGUCAUACUUUGCCGCAAUGACCAACUCUGGGACACUAUGCGAUCUGUGCGAGAGAUCGAGGACAAGUUCAACCACAAAUAUCACUAUCCAUAUGUAUUCCUCAACGAGGUGCCGUUCACUGAGGAGUUCAAAUACCGGUUGAAGACGAUGGCAUCUGGGAAAGCCGAGUUUGGGCUCAUACCGCGGGACCACUGGUUCCAGCCUGACUGGAUAGACGAAGCUAAAGCGUCAAAGUCAAGAGAGAAAAUGCAGUCCGAGAACAUCAUCUACGGAGGCAGCCUCUCGUAUCGUAACAUGUGUCGCUUCAACUCCGGUUUCUUCUUCCGGCAUCCAUUGAUGGAGAAGUACAAGUGGUAUUGGCGCAUCGAACCCGACGUUCACUUCCACUGCAACAUUCUCUUCGACCCGUUCCGAUACAUGGAGGAAAACAAUAAGAUAUACGCAUUCACGAUCUCGAUGAUCGAGUAUGAGGCGACUAUACCCACGCUCUGGGGCCAUGUCAAAGAUUUCGUCAAGAAAUACCCACAAUACGUUGCAAAGAACAAUGCGAUGGGAUUCAUCUCCGAUGAUGGGAGCGGUGACCGAUAUAACCUUUGCCACUUCUGGAGCAACUUUGAGAUUGCAAACAUGGAGUUCUGGCGCGGUGAAGCUUACAUGAAAUUUUUCGAGUACCUUGACUCACAGGGCGGGUUCUACUACGAGAGAUGGGGUGACGCACCUGUACAUUCUAUCGCUGCCUCAAUCUUCGCACCGCGCGAGCAGAUUCACUUUUUUGACGAGAUUGGGUACGAGCACGCGCCGUACACGCAUUGUCCAAAGGAAGGGGACAAUUGGGAAAAGGGCAAGUGUACGUGUCGGCCGGACAACAACUUUGAUUUUGACGGUAUAUCGUGCCUCAACAAGUUCCAAAAUUUCAUGAAAUCAUGA